CUUACUACAAACAUGCCGAGGGCUUAAAUAGUAUAGCGUAGUAUCCAUUUAGUGUAGGCACACAGUUUGUACCGCAAGGUAUUAGUCAUCGGAUUCACAAUUGCUCGCCGCAAUCGCACCAAAAUGUCUCCCUCGGAAACGUCCGCUUGUGAGGAUUUAAAAGCAUUCGAAAGAAGGCUAACGGAAGUAAUUGCCUGCCUGCAGCCACCAACACUAAGGUGGAGACUGCUCCUAGGUAUAACCUCGUUAGUGACGUUCGUCGGUGCAUUUUACUGGCUAACGGAUCCACGCACAUCGAUCGUACCGUUGAUGGAAUCGUUGCUGAAUCAUUCAAUUUUUACCAUAUCUACCAUCAUCCUGUUGAUCCUGUUUAUGUUCGGUAUUCACAAGCUCGUUAUUGCUCCACAAAUCAUUACAUCGCGAACGAAAAACGUAUUGGCCGAGUUCAACAUGUCCUGUGAUGAAACGGGCAAGCUUAUAGUUCGCCCGAGGCCCCAAAAUAACUCCCGGUACAUGGACAUCAGUUAAGCUGGACCGCCCUUUUUGGUACAGUAAAACCGU